AUAAAAAUGGAUGGAAAAGAAGAGCAAGAAUGGAGGAAGGGACCUUGGACUGUUGAGGAAGACAAGUUGUUGUGUGAAUAUGUGAAGGUUCAUGGGGAAGGAAGAUGGAGUUCUGUUGCCAAAGGUUCAGGAUUGAAUAGGACGGGAAAAAGUUGUAGAUUGAGAUGGGUGAAUUAUCUUAGACCAGGUCUUAAGAGAGGUCAUCUCACUCCUCAAGAGGAAGGCAUUAUCAUCGAACUUCAUGCUCUCUGGGGUAACAAAUGGUCAACCAUAGCAAAAUAUUUACCAGGAAGAACCGACAACGAAAUAAAAAACUAUUGGAGAACUCAUUUUAAGAAGAUGAAGCCAAGAAGGAAGUCUCAAAUUAUUGUCCCAAAAACAGACAACAAAACAUUGCCACCAAUUAGUAGAUGUGAAGAACAUGUGAUGGAGCUCAUGAAACCAUAUGACAGUGAUGACUUAGGCAUGGUUUUUACAGAUCCAACAGCCAUGGAAGAUCAUGAGCAAACCUACUACUUGUCAAAGGUGUAUCAAGAUUUAACAAAUUGGACGGUGGAGUCGGUCGCCGUCGCAGCUGUGGUGGCGGAGCAGGAGGAGGAGAGUUUAUGGGAUGGCCUUUGGGAGGUUCCAGAGAAUGAUAUCAUGUGAGAAAGUAUUGUUGGGAGAAUAAUAAAAUUGUUUGAAAUGUGUUUUUUGCAAAAAAAGAAGAAUGGCCCAUGCAGGUCUCGAACCUGCGACCUUCGCGUUAUUAGCACGACGCUCUAACCAACUGAGCU